AUGACCACUACCGUAAAGCAGGCCAGCAAUGGUGUGAACCCGGUGGUUAGCAGUGAAAUGUCCCUCAAGAACGCCAUCGUUAAAAUGACGGAAUACGGUUUUGGUGCCGUUACCGUAACCAAUGAUGAUGGCUCUGCAAAGGGUGUCUUCACCGAUGGCGAUAUCCGCCGCUUACUCGUAAGUGAUGGAGAGCAUAUCCUGGAUAAGAAAAUGGGCGAGAUGGAGUACAAAGCCCCGAUCAGCAUUGAAAGCAGUGUACUGUUGAACGAUGCAGCAGCUAUCUUCAAGAAAACAAAUGUAGAUACCAUCCUGAUCACGGAAGGCGGCAAACCAGUAGGUAUGCUGGAUAUCCAGGACCUGGAAAAAGAAUAA